AUGUGCUGGGAGCGUGUUGGAAAUGCAGACUCACCCCAGCCCCACCGAACUGCAGUGUUCCACGAGCAGGGCAUCCUCUUCGGCUACCGACAUCCACAGAGUUCCGCCAUGGCCUGUCUCCUCAGCCUUUUCCAAAUGACCAAUGAGACCCUCAACAUCUGGACGCACUUGCUGCCCUUCUGGUUCUUCAUGUGGAGGUUUGUGAGCACCCUGCGUGUGACGGACGUCCUGAAUGACAGCUACUCCUGGCCUCUGCUCGUGUACAUGGGCGCCAGCUGUGUGUACCCCCUCGCAUCCAGCUGUGCACACACCUUCAGCUCCAUGUCCAGGAAUGCCCGGCACAUCUGCUACUUCCUGGACUACGGCGCCGUCAACCUCUUCAGCCUGGGCUCGGCCAUCGCCUACUCUGCCUACGUGUUCCCGGACGCGCUGGUGAACACCGUCUUCCACGACUACUACGUGGCCUUGGCUGUGCUGAACACCCUCAUUAGCACCGGCCUCUCCUGCUAUUCCAGGUUUCUUGAGGUCCAGAAGCCCAGGCUCUGUAAGAUGCUUCGUGUCCUGGCCUUCGCUUAUCCCUACACCUGGGACUCCCUUCCCAUCUUCUCCAGGCUAUUCCUCUUCCCCGGGGAGACUGCACAGAACGAAGCCACCUUGUACCACCAGAAGCACAUGGCCGUGACCCUCCUGGCCUCUUUCCUCUACUCUGCGCAUCUGCCGGAGCGCCUGGCUCCUGGACGCUUCGACUACAUUGGUCAUAGUCACCAGCUGUUUCAUGUGUGUGUGAUCCUGGCCACACACAUGCAGAUGGAAGCCAUCCUUCUGGACAAGACUCUAAGGAAGGAAUGGCUCCUGGCCCACUCCAGGCCCCUGUUGUUCUCUCAGAUAGCUGGAGCCAUACUUCUGUGCCUCAUCUUCAGCCUCAGCAACAUAAUUUAUUUCUCAGCUACUCUGUAUCGGAUUCCUGAGCCAGAGUUACAUAAAAAAGAAACAUAA